CAACACUGAAAUCUCCUGUCAAAAUAAAAAUAGAAAAUAUAACCUAAAUCUAUUAUUUUGUGCGGAAUAAAAUAUUUUAUUUAGAUAUCAGAAAUCAAAAGCUUUAUUUAUUUUGGUUAAAAUCAAUGGUUUUUUAGUAAAAAUGGUUGUUAUAAGGUGGAAGUUUCGAGGACUCUGCGGAAGGCUCAGAGAAUGUGUAGCUUGGAAAAUAGCACAGGCCAUGUUGAUAUUUCGGUCUCUAACUUACAAUGAACACAUGAGCCAAAGCUACACAAUAGAUUUCUUACUAGAACCUGUGUUUUGGUUUGUUGACAAUUUCGCUCAAUAUCUGGGAAAAGUUUUUGUCUUCUGUGUCACAGUACUGACCAGUGCUGUGGUAGGUGUUGCUUACUGGGUAGGGUUGCCAUACUGGUGGCAAAGAUGUCCCUACACAACGGUCUUUCUAGUCAUUUUUGGCAACUGGCUACUGAUUAAUAUUGUAUUCCACUACUAUAAAGGAGUUGUUACUGAACCUGGAUACCCCCCACCAUCGACUCAUGUUUCUGAAGCAGCUAGUAUUUGUCGCCGCUGCAUAUGUCCGAGGCCCCCCCGCACUCAUCACUGCUCUGUAUGUGACCGAUGCGUCUUAGCAAUGGACCACCACUGCCCCUGGUUGAACAACUGCGUGGGCUACUACAAUGCAAGAUUCUUCUAUCUGUACAUGGUGUACAUGGUUAUAGGCGUGACUUUCAUCAUUGUUGCCGGUUUUGACAUCGGGUACAAAGUUCUUUGGCUGAAUGAUACAGGUGGAUUAUUACCAAACAAUGAUCCAGAUCUGAUUGGUCACCCUGUGAGACUGAACCAAACUGGUGCGUUAGUACCUGUGAAAGAAAUUGUGGAAUACGACUCGUUCAACUCCCCCCGCGAACACUUUCUGCCUGUUCCACCUAUUACUGAGGCUCAACGUAUCGCUGCCCAUCCAUGGAAGAGGAAGGCGGUCAUGUUCAUGGCCAUUACAUGUUGCUCGGUAUUGAUCGCACUUGGAACAUUGAGCAUCAUUCAUGGAAGAAACAUUGGCAGAGGAGAGACUAGUAUCGAGGCUCAUAUCAAUGAAAAGCUCCGUAAAUACAUAGGCAUUCAGUACAAGAACCCAUAUGACUUUGGAAAAAGGAAGAAUUGGCGACUCUUCUUGGGACUUAUUCAAGGUAGAACGUUCAUAAGGCACAUCUUGCUCCCGUCUGGUCAUCUUCCUACUGGAUCAGGAAUUUCUUGGCAUACAGUUCGCAACCCAUAUGAGGAUUGGCCUUAAACGAUCUGCCCAUUUGUUUGUGUUGAUUGUCUGUUGUUUACCAAAGCCGAUCGGUUAAUGUGCUUGGCACUUGUAAAAAAGAAGGCACGUACGCUUUCCACGAUUACUCGAUAAUUGUGAAAUUGUGAUCACAUUACUUGUGGUACAUUGCUAUUUUUCUAAUGAAGUCAUUCGAUUUCUUGUAAGCACUCAGGCCAAAUUAGGACCUAGUGUUUGAUAUUAACGUACAAUAUUUAUAGGAUUACUAAGAAAAAUAUAUUUGUCGUAACUGUUGUUGGUAACAGGGAGUAUCGAAUUACUAGGCGGAGGAUUAUUGAAUGAAAAUUUACAAUU